AUGGAGGUCAAGGUGUCAUGGUUCAAAGAUUGGCCUUGGUUUGAGUAUUCCGAAGAGUUGGACAAAGCAUAUUGCUUCCCGUGUUUCCACUUUGAUAGUUAUCCAUCCCACCAUCCAGUAUUAACUGAGUGUGGAUUUCAAGGUUGGAAGAAUGUAGAGAGUGUAAGGUUGUUAGCCCACCAAGGAUGUGCUUUUAGAGGGCGUGAUGAAUCCAUUGAUUCAUCCAAUAGUGGGAAUUUCAAAGCAGUUGUUAAGUCUUUUGGGAGAAUGAAUAUAGAAGUUCAAAAAGUCUUAGAAAAUGCUCCUGUAAAUGACAAGUAUAUUUCUCCAGAAAUUCAAAGACAAAUUGCCAAUAUUCUUGCCAACAAAGUUAGAACCAAGAUUCGUGAGGAAGUGGGAGAUGCCAAAUUUUGUAUCCUAGUUGAUGAACCGGUUGAUGCAUCUAAUAGGGAGCAAAUGGCUAUCAUUCUUCGAUUUGUUGAUUGUUAUGGGUUUAUUAGAGUAGAAAACAUGCGUGGCCAAAGAUAUGAUGGUGCUAAUAACAUGCGGGGUGAAUUUAAUGAUUUACAAGCUUUGUUUCAAUUGGUUGCAAAAGGACCAAAUAAAGUACAAGGAGAAGCAAAGAGUGUAGGUAAGGCUAUGAAGCAUUUUGAUUUUGUGUUUUGCUUGCUUUUGAUGCAUGAUGUCAUGAGGAUUACUGACUUUCUUUGUCAGUUAUUGCAAAAAAAAGCCAUAGACAUUUUGAAUGCUCUAAACUUUCUUUCAAUAACAAAAUCAAAACUUCAAGAUAUGAGAGAAGAUGGUUGGGAUAAUUUGAUUAUGAUAGUUGCAUCAUUUUGUUGUGAGUAUGAUAUUAUCAUACCGGAUAUGUCUGCUCCUUACAAUAAAGAUAUAAGGGCUUGUGAACAAAAUAUUACAAAUGGGCAUUAUUAUCGGGUCAAUAUACUUAAUGCUGUAAUAGAUUUUCAAUUGGCAGAGUUGGAUAGUAGAUUUCAGGAUAAUUCGUUGGAGCUCCUUGUUCUUAGUGCUACAUUUGAUCCUCGUGAUAAUUUUGUUUCAUUUAAAUCGGAAGAUGUUUGCAAUCUUGCUUUGAAGUUUUAUUCUCAAGAUUUUACAUCAUCUGAUAUGUUUGCUCUAGACAUGGAGUGUGUGUAUUUUCUAACAGAUAUUCAAAGAGAUGCAAAAUUUCCAAGACAAAUUAUGUAUCUGAUUUGUGUCGGCAGUUAG